CUACUACCCGGAACUGUUUAACCAAAGGAACGAAACGCACGUGCCAUGGCUUGGGUUUACACCGGUACCGAACUGAGCUAUCUCUUCUGUUGCUGUAAUCAAAGGCAUCUUCUAGCUGUGAUAUUCAUCUUUACCAUCGUCAUGGGCGCACCACAUACGGAUUUCACCUCUUCGCAGCAGCAAACGGUGCAAGAUACUGAGAGCGACAGUGGCAAUCAUCGUAGUCAUCCGCAGCACCACCAUCACCACCAGCAUCAUCAUCCUCACCAACAUGAUCAACACCAGCAGCACCAACAUCCGGUCUCAUCGGUAGCGCCUUCGGUGUCGCAAUUUCCCGCCGCGAUGUAUUUUGCCACCCAAAACAACACAAAAGUCACAGCACAACGAGGCGGUACGGCACUGCUACCGUGUACCGUCAUCAGCCAAUCUUCUGCCCUGGUAUCGUGGAUACGGCGGCAAGACUUCCAGCUACUAACGGUCGGCCUCUCCACGUACAGCAGCGACGAACGGUUUCUGGUCGAGCAUUUGCGCCACUUGGGCCACUGGGCGCUGCGGAUCAAGUCCGUGCGGACCGAGGACGAGGGACUGUACGAGUGCCAGCUGUCCGUUCAUCCCGUUCAAUCGGUGUUUGUCGAGCUUAAAGUCGUAGAGGCAGUAGCUGAAAUAGUCGGAGCACCCGAUCUACACAUUGAUGAGGGAUCUACCUUGCGGCUAGAGUGCAAAUUACAGCGCGCUACCGAGAAUCCGACGUUCGUGUUCUGGUACCACGAGCAGAACAUGGUAAACUUUGAUCAGCUGAACGGAUUCUCCGUCACACCGUUCCAGCCGCCGGCCACCGCCGCCCAUCCGUCGCAUCUGCAUCCCUACCUGUUGCCCCAUCCGUUGCAAGACGAGCACGAUCUGCCACUGUCGUCCGAGGACGAGCAGGGAUUCAAUCUGCUCGACGACGAACGACUGCUCCAACGCUCGCUACAACACGGGCAGGAUUCUUCCGAACCCUUCCUAACACCGUCCUCCUCUUCCUCGCUGCUGCUAGCGUCGCUGGCUGCGGCGGCGGCAGCCCUAUCCGCCUCACCCUACCACCAGCAACACCUAGACCGGACGGAUCUAUCACUCGAGCGGCAGGAUGAACCGUCCGGUACGGUAUCGUCCGAUGCGCUCGAUCGGCCCGCCGGUAUCGGUCGCCAUCCGCAUCUGCACCAUCAGCACCAUCACCAUUCGCACCACAAUCAGCUCGCGUUGAAUUACAGCGAUUCGAUGCCGUACUCGCACAUCCUGACGCCGGCACCGAGCGUGCUAACGAUCAAGGAGGUCCACUUAAGGCACGCCGGUAAUUACACGUGCGCACCGUCGAACGCUCGCCCUGCCAGCAUCACCGUACACGUGCUGCAAGGUGAGAAGCCGGCAGCGAUGCAGCACGCUAACCGCAGCCAGCUGGACGACGGUGGUAAGCCGUCCCGCAGCGGAAGUCAACCACAGCGACCAGCGCUGGUGCUGGUGCUGCUGCCGCACAUGGCGAUGAUGGCAAUGAUGCUGAUGAUGAUGAUGUCGAUGACAAGCACGGUAAUGCUGUACGGUUCGGUAGCGCACCAUCGGUGAAACGAAAUGUCCCUAAUAAGUGUUGAACCACGUCGAUUUGUAUCGGUACG